UUCGUUGGUUUCAGAGCACAUACUGUAGUUGUGGCAGCUUUUCUUACAAGACCUAACCUGGCUUACUACGCAUGGGUGGAGCACCUCACACCUGCUUAAACACAGAAGGAGAAGUAGGUAAAAAAAAAAAAAAAAGCACACUAGUGCGAACCAGGAGGCAGAAAGGUGUUCAUCAUGAGCUUGAAACUCCAAGAAAAUUGGAUGAUUUUUGAAAAAAGAACAAGAAACCAAACCACGCUCUCUUCCUUCAGGACUUCUUUAAAGGGUUGUGUUUAGAGGAGAGAUGGAAAGCUUCCUUUAUUUUGCAUGGUUAGUGCGAUUGAUCUGGUCAACAUGGAUUAUUUCUGAUGCUUCAGCAGCGAUUUGCCCAUGCAAAAACAUGACCUGGUAUGAAAAACAUUGUAGCGUCUCAGAAGACGAACAGAGUUUAAGCUGCUUUGGACUACGGGAAACAGAAACCAUAAUAUAUUACUACUGCACAUGGAACCCUGGACAAUAUGACAGACAGAGUCUCUACGUAAAGCAAUCAUCAUGUCAAUUUAAGUCAAACUUCACAAAACAACAAACAAAAGCAUUUCGAUUACGAUCGAAUUGGAAUAUGACAGCGUGCGCCGUCGCGGAGAGUGACAAUCCAAAGGCCUGCGCCUUCUCAAAAUUCAGCAGCCAUCCAUCGAAUAUAAUACGGUGUGGUCCACCUGUUAAUGUGACUUUCAAGAGACGUUAUGGUCGUUUGAAUGUUACGGCCGAAUGGAAAGACAGCAGUGAACCAGUGAAACGGUAUCUUUUGAGGUACAGGAAACACAAUGCCGAUGUAUGGACAGAGGUAGAAUCCCGGAACAAGACAAACUGCACGGUGGGAAAUGUCGUCUCCUAUCAAGCAUAUCAAAUACAAAUUCGGUGUAAUGUCACUUCUGACUGUCCUCAAUGCCCCUGGAGCAAAAUCAUCACAGUCCCACCAGAGCUGGUAGAAGCACCCAUCAUAAAAGAACCCCGGUACGAGCCGAUCCAACCUGGACAGAGAAAAAUAACCGUGCAGUGGGAGUAUGUGAACAGUCAGGCGGUGGAAGAAUACACUGUGACCGUUCAGAAGGUGUCUGGAGAAUCUGCUGAAGAAGACACUUAUUUCCUCAAAGCACAAACGGUCACUUUGUUCCUGUGCUAUUCCGCCUACAAUCUCAGCAUCAGGGCCUUAAAUAAAGCCGGACUUUCGCCCAGUGCGGACCUGAUCAUAGACGCCAUGGAGGAGCAGAGUGAUUUGGACAAAGCAUUUAAAGUUACUCUGAUGACUAACAACAGCUUCAGGCUUUCAUGGAAUACAACACUAUCCAAGAAAUAUCCUUGCUAUUCUGUAGAGUGGUGGGCGAGCAACGAGAAAAUAUCCUACAGAUCCUUCUUCGAGAAGAAAGCCUUCCAUAUUAUCCAAACUCAGACAGUUGCAUUUCAGUCCUAUAAGAGAUACCACUUCUUCCUGCAUGCCAGGCACGAGAAGGAAACCUGCAACCUAAAGAAAGUAAAUAACAGCGAUCAGACGUAUGGGAGAGCUCAGGUCUACCUCACUGAAGGAACGCCUCUAACUGCUCCUGGGAACGUGAGCUGCUCUGAUGUUACUAAGAGCUCCUUUGUGAUUACAUGGCACCCGGUACCUGAGGAGGAACUACGUGGCUUUCUGCAAGGUUACAUAAUUCGCUACACACAAGACAAUAACAAAGAAAAUAUCACAGUGGACCCUAGCGUGAACAGCUAUAAGUUGAUGAACCUACGAAGUGGAAGCAUGUACUGCGUGGAGGUGUCCGCUUACACGGCUGCAGGGGAGGGCAAGCAGAGCGAAUUGAAGUGCUGUGAGUCAUUGGACUCCAUGGCUAUUGCUGGAAUGUUCGCAGGAGUAAUUGCAGGUAUAAUUGCUCUGCUGCUUGCCACUCAUCUGUGCUUCAGGAUUUUGAAAAGAUCGAAGAAACUGCUAUGGCCGAGUAUACCCAACCCCUGCAACAGUAACGCUGUGCAGAAAAUUGAAGGCUGCCAGGAAAUGGAGGUGAUGGAGCUCCUGCACUGGCCUAAUCGUGAGGAGACGGAGGCACACGUGUCCGUGCUGGAAGCCAAAAAGGAGGAACGUUCUGCCUGCAAUGUCUCUCAGGACUGUACGAAAGUCACCUUUACACCCAGUUCUUUUCCUGCUUUAAAAAAUGACGAGCCUCCUUCAUCUCCUACAACUUCAAGCGGAAGAGACUCCACACCUGAUGAGGCUUUUCCCAUAGACAGUGUUCACGAAAGCUCUAGAGAAGAAUCGCCUGCAGGAGCUAAUGAUAUAAAUGACUCUCCUAGAGUAUUAGAGGCACAGUCUGUCUCGACAAGUGAGGCAAACCCACCAUGUGCCUUUAUGAGCGAUUACACCACUAUGGAGCUUUUCCGGCAGAUCAGCCCGAUUGUGCCUCUGGCUCUGCCUGGCUCAGGAAUAGCGUCAUCAGAUCCGAGUCAGGAGUAUCUUCGACAUUCGUGCUCUCCAUCCGAAAACACGACUGGAACUCCUGACUCUUGAUCAAAUGAAUCUCUCAGACUUCACUGUAAACCCAUGUCCUUAUCUGUAAAUAUGUG